AUGGCCGCUUUCCCUCCUCCUGCUACUACCAGCAUCGACUGGGCCAAUGUUGGCUUCAAGAUCCGUGAAGUCAACGGCCACAUCGAAUCCCACUGGUCCAAGAAAACUGGUCAAUGGACGCCCCCCAAAUUCGUCCGCGACCCCUUCAUCCGCAUCCAUGGCAUGUCCCCGGCCCUCAACUACGGCCAACAAGCCUACGAGGGUCUCAAAGCCUUCCGGACCCCCGGCGACGCCGCCAUCCAAAUCUUCCGCCCCAAUCGUAACGCCCUGCGCAUGCAGCACUCCGCCGCUGUGGCCUCCAUGCCCGCCGUCCCCGAAGACCUAUUCGUGGCCGCCUGCCGAGCCGCCGUGGCCCUCAACGCAGAGUUCGUCCCGCCCCAUGAGACCGGCGCCGCUAUGUAUGUUCGUCCUCAAAUUUACGGCUCGAGUGCCCAGCUGGGUCUGAACCCUCCUGAUGAGUACAUGUUCUUGGUCUAUGUCGUGCCGACGGGCGUUUACCAUGGCGUUCAUCCCGUCAAGUGUUUGAUCUUGGAUGAGUUUGAUAGGGCUGCGCCGAAUGGAACGGGUAAUGCAAAGGUUGGCGGUAACUAUGCGCCUGUGUUGAGGUGGACUGACAAGGCGAGGGAUGAGGGGUAUAAUAUUACCUUACACUUGGAUAGUGCCAAGCAUGAUGAGGUAGAUGAGUUUAGCACAAGCGGCUUCGUUGGCGCUCUGGUAGAUGGCGACAAGGUCACGAUUGUUGUGCCGGACUCCAAGGCUGUUAUUGAUAGUGUUACGAGCGAUAGCGUGCAGCAGAUUGCUCGUAGCUUGGGCUGGAACGUGGAGAAGCGAGCGAUCAAGUACGCCGAACUCCCCUCUUUCUCCGAAGUCAUGGCCGCCGGAACCGCCGCCGGCCUCGUUCCCAUCCGCUCUAUCACCCGCAACAUUUCCGCUUCUCAACCCCUCUCCCUCGCCUCCACCGUCAAGAGCCACGAGCGUCUUUCCCUUGGCGACAACACCGAGACCGUCACUUACAUCCCCGACAGCCAGGAAGAUGCCGGACCUAUUUGCUUGAAGCUUUUGGGCCAGCUUAAGGGUAUUCAGGUUGGCAAAGUCGAGGAUAAGUUUGGGUGGUGUUUCGAGGUUAGGGAGGCGGAUGGUAACGUCGAGAAGGAGUAA